CGGCGCAGCGCAUUGUGGGGCGGAAGAGGAGAGUCACCGCUCUGCUAGGGCCGCCAUCUUGCCUGCGUCCGGACUUGCUCCCGCUUUCGGGGCCUCCUCCUCCUCCUCCUCGCAGCGCGGAGCAGCGGGAAGGGAGAGGACGAGGGGCCCGCCCGGGCGGCGCCGAUGCGUGCGGAGCCUCCCCGCACCUCUCCCGGGCGCCGCUAGCGGAAGGGGACGGGGGCGGCCGGGCGGUCGCCGGCGCGGCCUCUCCUCUCCUCCCCUCCUCUGCCGGGAUGGGCCGGUCUCGCAGCCGGAGCUCGUCCCGCUCCAAGCACACCAAGAGCUCCAAGCACAACAAGAAGAACCGGAGCCGAUCGCGGUCCCGCUCCCGGGAGAAGGAGCGGGCGCGGAAACGCUCCAAGUCCCGGGAGAGCAAGCGGAACCGGCGCCGGGAGUCGCGCUCCCGCUCCCGCUCCAACACGGCCCCCUCCUCCCGCCGCGACCGGGAGCGAGAGCGCGACCGCGCCUCCUCCCCGCCCGACCGCAUCGACAUCUUCGGGCGCACGGUGAGCAAGCGCAGCAGCCUGGACGAGAAGCAGAAGCGGGAGGAGGAGGAGAAAAAAGCGGAGUUCGAGCGGCAGCGGAAAAUUCGUCAACAAGAAAUUGAAGAGAAACUCAUAGAGGAAGAAACUGCUCGAAGAGUGGAAGAGCUUGUGGCUAAACGUGUAGAAGAAGAGUUGGAGAAAAGGAAGGAUGAGAUUGAGCGAGAGGUUCUCCGCAGGGUGGAGGAGGCUAAGCGCAUCAUGGAAAAACAGUUGCUCGAAGAACUCGAGCGACAGCGACAAGCUGAACUUGCAGCACAAAAAGCCAGAGAGGAAGAAGAGCGUGCAAAGCGUGAGGAACUAGAGCGAAUACUAGAAGAGAAUAACCGAAAAAUUGCAGAAGCACAAGCUAAACUGGCUGAAGAACAAUUGAAAAUUGUUGAAGAACAAAGAAAGAUUCAUGAGGAGAGGAUGAAACUAGAACAAGAGAGACAACGUCAGCAAAAGGAAGAGCAAAAAAUUAUCCUGGGCAAAGGAAAGUCUAGGCCAAAACUGUCCUUCUCACUAAAAAGCCAGGAUUAAAUUGCAACUCUGAACUCUUAAAAGAAAAAAAAGAAACAAAAAAACCCAACAAAAAAGGAAAACAAAAAGAAACUUUGUAUGGUAGCUUCAUGUUGAAGUGUUUUUUGGUUUUUUUUUCUCUCAAAAUUUUUUUUUUUGUCUUUUUUGAAAGUCUGGAAAGUUAGCUUGUUCUAAUAGGGGCUGUGCUCUGCAAUUCUUAAUUUUUUUUAAACUUCCAUUAAGUUAAACCCUUAUCAGAUCAUUGUUGCCUUUUAGAGGGUAAUCUGUUCUCAUCAAUUUUGUUUCCGUAUUAGUGGUCUGAAGCAGAUCAGGUCACUUUAUGAAUCGUGGAUGAUCUGAUAAGGUUUUACUGACCUACGCAUCAGAGUUUGACUCUGAUAAUUGACAGAAAUUUAUACUGGGUAUUGCUGACUUUUAAUUUUUUUUUUUUUUUAAAGUCAGUAAAUACAUGAGUAAAUUGCCAUAGUAUUACUGGACCUCUGUGGUUUAUUGUUAAAUCAGUGUCCUAUGAUACUGUCCCAUUGUUGCGCUUGAUGUUCCUGAUACAGGUAAGGAAAUAGUUUGUCACUUCUGCUAUGAAUACAUAGAGAGAGUUCAGUAUUGUCUCUGUUAGAUUUGUUUUUAUUACAUUGACAGCAUUCAACCAGCGUUCCCCAUUGUGUAAAUAAACCAAUUUGCUGAAUAAAGUGAAAGUCUUAAAUUCAUAUGUUUAAGUAAAUUUUUUUAGUACACUUCUAUAAACGGCUAUAAGAGUGACAGUUCACAUUAUUAAAUUCAAAACUAUAGUGGUAUUUUUUAAAUUUUGCUUUAAACUAUUGUGGCUUCUCCUACUUAUAAUGCAAAAUUACACAUAGUAAAAAAAUCCCUGCAGUUGUGAAUGUUUUUGAUGGCUGCUGCUGUUUUCAUGAAUGUUGGUUUUUAUUCUGACAGAGACUUACUUCAGCUGUAGUAUCAUGUUCAAGCAGCUGUUUGGCUUACUGCACCCAGACCAAUACUUCCAUAUCUAAUCCCCUUCAGUUCACCUCAUAAUAUAGUAUAUUGUAUAAAUUAAGGUCGUUACCACAUAAUGAAUCUGAUGGAUCCUAAAGGAUUUAAAAAUGGAACUUUUUUCCCAAAGGACUGGACCGGCUAGCAUACUCGAAGUGAAAAACAGGAAGUGAAAUUCUGUCUAAAUGUAUUGUUUUAGCCAGAAAGCAACUGUUAUUCAUAUACAGAUCUUGAAUGUUAUCCAUUUAUAUAUACAGGUUUUAUUUUGAAAAAUGAAACUACAGAUUGAAAACUAUAUAUAAAAGUCCCCUUUUGUAUAUAAUUCUUCUAACAAAACCUGGAUUACUAUAGCUUGUCCAGUUCUAAAACUUUCUUUUUCCUGUCAGCGUGCAACAUCUCUAGUAACCGUAAAAUGAAAGUUACCGGUAGUUGCCUGAGCAUUUGAAUGUCACUGGACAAAGGUGGAAAUAAUUCCUGAUAUUCCCAAAGGAUCUGUUUCUGUAGAUUUGGCAAAUUAAAUGUGGGAGCAAGUUAAGUGUGCCACUGCAAGCAGUGUUCAACAUGCUUUGUAUGAAACCCGGGCUUGGGGGCCGACCGAUAUGUAUUGCUUUGUCCAGUAUGUCAAGAAAAAUGUGAAGACAGUAAAAUACCUACACUAUUACUGUACUUAAAUUUGUCUAUAUAUUGUAUUACAAAAGAAGGUUGAAGGUUGCUUAACGCAUAGAAGCAAAAACUGAAGCCAAGUAAAUCAUGUACAUGACCUGUUGGCAGGAGCAGGCUGUAUUUAAAGCUCAACUGAUACCUGUAUUUCUAAAACAGAAAACAUCCCCUGUUCCCUUAUGAGAAACAAGCUAUUAAAAGUCAAUACUCAAAACAGA